CAUUUUACGAGAAAAGCAGUAAAGAUGACUGUCAAGCGACGCAACCACGGCCGUAACAAGAAGAACCGCGGCCACGUCAAGCGCGUGCACUGCGUGUCCACGGCCAAGUUGAUCCCCAAGGACAAGGCCAUCAAGCGCUUUGUUGUCCGCAACAUCGUCGAUGCCUCGGCCAUGCGUGACUUGAAGGAAGCCUCGGUGUACGAAACCUAUGCUUUGCCCAAGAUCUACAUCAAGAACUACUACAGCAUUGAAGCCGCGAUCCAUCAACGCAUUGUGCGUGUGCGAUCGGGCGAAGGCCGUCGCAACCGUGAACCCCCUGCCCGCAUCCGCCCGAAGAAGUUGUAAGCAAGCGCCACCUGCUAGGUGCUUAUUGCUGACCAUCUCUCCCUGACGAUGUGGUGUCUUGUGGCGUUGUCUCGCCGGUUUGGGACGACGGGCUGUGCUGCAUGAUCAUCCUGUUAACACAAAUCGAACGGCUUUUCUCAAUACACAGAUUCGAAUUAUUCACGA